AUGGCCACAAUUCGGAAGAAAUUAGUGAUUGUUGGAGACGGUGCCUGUGGGAAAACCUGCCUAUUAAGUGUUUUUAGUAAGGACCAGUUUCCGGAAUUGUAUGUACCAACAGUUUUUGAAAAUUACAUAGCGGACAUUGUUGUUGAUGGAAAACAGGUAGAACUUGUAUUAUGGGACACAGCAGGGCAGGAGGAUUACGAUCGACUCCGACCUCUUUCCUAUCCAGAUACAAAUGUCAUCCUAAUGUGUUACUCCAUAGAUAGUCCCGACUCCCUGCAGAAUAUCCCAGAGAAAUGGACCUCAGAGGUCCGUCAUUUUUGCCACGACGUACCGAUCGUGUUAGUGGGCAACAAAAAGGACCUGAGGAACGACGAACUGACGAGACGAGAUCUCAUGAAGGUCAAGCAGGAGCCGGUCAGAUAUGAAGAGGGCAAACAAAUGGCCGACAAGAUUGGUGCUUAUUGCUACCUCGAGUGUUCAGCGAAGACCAAAGAUGGCAUUAGGGAAGUUUUUGAGAUGGCAACGAGGGCUGCUCUGCAAUCCAAGAGGAGAGUGAAGAAGAUCCAUUGCUCUUUGCUUUGAUGGUGAUACUGAUGGGAAGGAGGAGAGGGAGGAAGACGAUGAGAAUGGUGAUGAUAAUGAUGACGAUGAUGAGGAUAGUGAUGAUGGUAACGAUGACGACGACGAUGAUAACAAUCUAAUUUUCGAUGAAAUGUUUAUUUGGAAACCACUUGUGUGGAGUUGUUUCUCUCUCAAGUGGGUUCUUGUUCGUGUACGUGCUUGUGUGGGCGUGCGUGCGUGUGUUUGUGUGGGUGGGUGCGUGUUUGUAUGGGCGUGUGUAUAAUAGGUAUUAAUAGAGUCAUAAUAAUAAUAAUAAUAAUGUCAUGGCUGGUUUUUGCUACUGACAAUUUUCCAACGUAUCAGUCUUGCCCGUCGCGUCGUUAUCAUUACGUUAUCCCCGUUACAUUCAUCAUCAUCAUCAUUGUCGUCAUCAUCACCAUCGUAGCCUACAUAUCAUCAUCAUCGCCAUAAUUGUGUUGAUCAUUAGCAUAAUUGUGUUGAUCAUUAGAUAUACCGUUUAUGAAUUCUAUUUAGAGUUAUUGGUUUUUGCUUAAAACAGUUCAUAUAUAUAUAUACCUCUCUUUAUUUAUCUCGCAUUUUUUCUCUCUUUCUCUCUCUCUCUCUAUAUAUAUAUAUAUAUGUAUAUUAUUAUUGUAUAUAUAAGAAUUUCUAUUAUAAUUUAUGAUUCAAACAGACAAAUGUGUUGCUUCUGAAAACAAAGAUUUUAUUUUGUUAAAUGUUAAAAAAAUCAUUAUUGGGAAAAAAAACUCACCUGAAGACAAAGAAACGACAUUUAAAGUUUAUUAUUUCACAAAUUAUAAUCAGUUUGUCACAAAAUAUAUAUAUUUCAUUAAACUUUACUUUUAGGUUUUUUUUAACCUCUCAACAAAAACCCCAGACAAAAAAUUCACAGUGUAUUAUCAAUCGCGCAAAGCACGUCAAAAUCAAAAUUAAAGAAUCAAAAAUCUAAAUUCUAAAAUAAAAAUUAAGGAAGUAUAGUUUCUUUACAUAUAUAUAUAUAUAUAUAUAUAUUUAUUCAUAUAUAUACAUUUAUAUGUUUAUUUGUCGUAUAUAUAGUUAUUAAGAAAUAUCACCGUAUUUUCCGCAUUGUUGAGUUUGUAACUAAGUUUUUUAAUUUUUUGCACAAUUAUUUUAUCUUCACUUUAAUAAAUU